AUGACGGAAGGCCAAAGAAUUACAGAGCUCGGUUCUCAUUCAAUCGGAUCUUCAAUAACUCAUCAUAUUUACUCUUCCGAUCGUUUUCGCCCAGAACCUCUGAUCGCACCAGCUCAAAAAAGAAUAGUCUACGAGAACCACACUCCGACAAUUCUUGCUCACAAAAUGGAGGAAUCAUUUCACGAAAAACUCGAAGCUGCCCGAGCGAAACUUGUCUUUGGCCAAAUCCGUGCAAUUGUUGCAUUCAUUAUUACCACAGGAAGUUGCAUGUAUUUUUAUUUGAAAUACACUGGCGAAAAGCAAAAGGAACGAAUUUCAAGAACUGCUUCGGAUAUUGGUCGUGGAGCUCUUAGCAAUCAAGAACUAGUGGAGCAGGCGAAUAAACUCUCCCUGAACAUCGUGCACGGGGUUCUUAAUGACCCCAAAAUUAGGUCAGAAGUGACGAGAUUACUCUCCGACGUUGUGCAAUCCGGUCAAGUUACAGAAUCGUCGCUUAUCCUUGUAAAUAAAAUCCUGAAUGAUCCAAACAUUCAACAAUCAGUGGGCGCCUUGCUGCAUGACCAACUUUUGAAAGCACUCGCAGACGAGAAGAUCCAAUUAGCCGUCCAGCGACUUGUCAAGGAUGUUUUUCUGUCGGAAUCCAUCACGGAAACCGUAAAAACCGUACUUGGCGACGCUCUGGUCAGUGAUUAUGUGAAAUCAGCGGCCACGGCGGCAGGAACUCAUGCGACUCAAGCAAUCAUCGCCGACCAAUCGGUGCAAGACAAUUUGUCAGAUGCGAUUUAUGGUGCAUUGAAACCGUGGCGAUCGCGAUCCCCGCGGCAAGUUAUUACACCUUCGCCCGCGCGACCCGCCAAGAAAGCUGAUGCUAUCGAUGAAACAGAUACUGUCACUGAUAAAAGAAGUUCUGCUGCAAGGACGCCCGCCGCGCGCGUUCAAAGCGAGCCGACACCCGAGCCGAGGAUCGACUGA